CUGAUCCGCGUUGAGCUCCGCCCGCCCAGCUUCGCUCUCUCCGGCUUUGUACUGUCCACGCCGCUGCAGCUUUUCCCACAAGUGUGACGCCGCAAAAAAAGGACAGCAAUGGCUCUCCACGUUCCCAAAGCUCCGGGCUUUGCCCAAAUGUUGAAGGAUGGCGCAAAGCAUUAUUCAGGGCUUGAGGAGGCAGUUUUCCGCAACAUCCGAGCCUGUAAGGAACUUUCGCAGACCACUCGCUCGGCCUAUGGCCCUAAUGGCAUGAACAAAAUGGUUAUCAACCAUUUGGAGAAACUAUUUGUCACCAACGAUGCUGCCACCAUCCUCAGAGAGCUGGAGGUGCAGCAUCCUGCAGCCAAAAUGAUCGUGAUGGCAUCCCACAUGCAGGAACAGGAGGUUGGCGACGGCACCAAUUUCGUCCUGGUGUUUGCAGGCGCGCUGCUGGAGCUAGCUGAGGAGCUCCUACGGAUGGGCCUCUCUGUUUCAGAGGUUAUCGACGGCUACGAGAAGGCGUCCCGGAAGGCGUUGGAGAUCCUGCCCGAAUGCGUGUGCUCGUCUGCCAAGAACCUCCACGACAUCAAGGAAGCAUCGGCGCUGAUCCGGACGGCCGUCACCAGCAAACAGUACGGCAAUGAGGACUUCCUGUCCAACCUCAUCGCACAGGCUUGCGUGUCCAUCUUCCCAGAAUCUGGUCGUUUCAACGUGGAUUAUGUCCGAGUGUGUAAGAUUUUGGGUUGUGGUGUGACUGCAUCCUCGGUGCUCCACGGCAUGGUGUUCAAAAAGGAAGCUGAGGGAGACAUCACUUCAGUAAAAGAUGCCAAGAUUGCCGUCUUCUCCUGCCCUUUCGACUGUAUGGUUACAGAGACUAAGGGAACAGUGCUAAUAAACAACGCCAAGGAGCUGAUGGACUUCAGCAAAGGCGAGGAGGACAUGAUGGAGACUCAAGUCAAGGCCAUCAAGGAGGCGGGCGCCAACGUGGUGGUGACCGGCGGCAAGGUGGCCGACAUGGCGCUCCAUUAUGCCAACAAGUACAAGCUGAUGGUGGUCAGGCUGAACUCCAAGUGGGACCUGAGGAGGUUAUGCAUGACGGUGGGAGCCGUAGCUCUGCCCAGGCUGACUGCACCUACCCCUGAAGAGAUUGGUCAUUGCGACAGUGUCGCCUUGACGGAGGUGGGCGACACUCAAGUGGUGGUCUUCAAACACGAGAAAGAAGAUGGCGCCAUUUCUACCGUGGUUAUCCGAGGUUCCACAGAUAACCUGAUGGAUGACAUCGAGCGGGCUAUCGACGACGGCGUCAACACUUUCAAGGUCCUUGUUAGGGACAACCGUCUUGUCCCUGGAGCGGGAGCCACCGAAAUGGAGCUGGCCAAGCGGAUCACCUCUUUCGGAGAGACCUGCCCGGGGCUGGAGCAGUAUGCCAUCAAAAAGUUCGCUGAAGCCUUCGAGUCGUUACCACGCGCCCUGGCGGAAAACUCUGGCGUGAAGGCCAACGAGCUUAUCUCCAAGCUGUACUCGGCCCAUCACGAGGGCAACAAGAACGCUGGCUUCGACAUUGAGGGAGACGGCCCCUCGGUAAAGGACGUGGCAGAGGCUGGCAUCCUGGACCCGUUCCUGGUCAAAUUUUGGGCCAUCAAACUGGCCACCAACGCCGCCAUCACAGUACUGCGGGUCGAUCAGAUCAUCAUGGCUAAGGCAGCAGGUGGACCCAAGGCUCCCAAGCAGAGGGGGCACUGGGAUAAGGACGACUGGGAUGAAGAACCCGAUAAAUUUGAAACGCACCAAUAGAGCGGGCAGUCAGUAGAUCCCUGCACCUGUGUGUGGUUGAAUUUUUUUUUUUUUCGCUCACGUGUGAAACAUUGCCUGUCAUGACUAAUUUAUGUGCGUUAACCAGACAAAAGAAAAGUAGAAAAGUCACGGAUGUGUUAAGGAAUGAAUUCACUCAAAACUGAUGCAAUGAAUUAUUUGCAUGGCGCAUGUUUAUUACAUGUGUGAUCAGUAACAUUUGCUGUUUUAUUUAUUAUUAUAUACAUAUAUAAUUAUAAAUUCAAAGAUGAAUCAUAAUAAAAAAUAUAAUUCAGACCUGGCGUUCACUUAUAUUGACAUGACA